AUGGACCGUGGAAAUAUCGGCAAAUUUCUGCUUCUGAAUAGUUCCCAACAUACCGAACAGAAUUCGUUAAUCAUUAUGGAAUAUGCUGGGAAGAAAAACUUGCUGACUGUUAUCAGCGAUCCUUAUAAAAAAAUUUCUUUUAACAGGAAAAUAAGAUUCUGCCAGGACAUAAUCAGUGCGAUAACGUACAUUCACGAUUCUGGAAUAAUGCAUCUGGAUCUAAAGCCAUCAAACGUGAUAGUGACAUCAGACGAUCGCUGCAAACUGGGAGACUUCGGAUGUCGUGAGUCAGUUCAGUACCAAGAUAAAACAACAACCCUCAAGCGGACGAGCUCCCUCGCAGGAACCGCAGCUUACGCUGCACCAGAACUCUUCAACGGCGAAGUGCCGACUCCAAAAGCCGACAUCUAUUCAUUCGCAAUAACAAUGUGGCAAAUGACGAGUCGAAAGAUUCCGUACCACGGCAGAGGUCAGUCCGAGAUCAUCUUCAAGGUUGUCUCUUCGAAUCUACGACCCGAUGAGGUUCAAUGUCACAGCACCUCCAAAUACGAAGACGCCGAAUUUAAAAUGUUGUACGAGAGGGCCUGGAGUGCUGACCCUGACCUUCGACCGACUGCACGAGAGGUCAAAAGUCUCCUAGAUCCGAUGACUUGUUCAGGCUGA